GCAGUAGCGCCGAAUCCACCAUUCCACCAAUUCCUCCUCUCCAUUUCACCCUGCUCUCCCGGCGACCACCGGCGCAUCCUCCUCCCCGCGCCCAGUCUCUGACCUCGAAUCCGCGCGGGCGCGCCGCGCCCCGGGCCCGAUUGCUCCCUCGUCGUGGUGGGCGCCGCUCCGAUCCGCCCGAUCCGCGCUGCUCCUGAGGCUCCGGCGCGCGGAGGCGAGCAGUGGCGGCGGCGGCGGCGGGGCGGCCAUGGACUCCGAGGAUGAUAUGCACGACGCCAACGACUCCGCGGAUGACGACUUCUACAGCGGCGGGGAGGCUGGCCUCGCCGCCAGCGACGACGGCGACGCCGACUACGACUUCGCGGACCACGACUCGGACGACUCCGCCGAGCUCCUCUCCCACCGGCAGCAGCAAAGCUACUGCAUAUUGAGUGAUGCUGGUAUAAAGCAGCGCCAAGGGGAUGACAUAAAUAGGGUUUCAACUGUUCUUUCCAUUUCAAAGUCGGAAGCAUGUGCCCUCCUUCGCAGCUAUAAUUGGAGUGUUAGUAAGGUGCACGAUGAAUGGUUCGCUGAUGAAGAGCGUGUUCGUAAGGUUGUUGGUUUUCCAGAAAAGCGCGUUGAAAUGCCAAAUGACAGAGAACUGACAUGUGGAAUUUGUUUCGAAAGUUGCCCUCGUGCAUCAAUGAGUGCUGCCGCAUGUGGACAUCCUUUCUGUAGUGCAUGCUGGAGAGGUUACAUUAGCACUGCUAUAAAUGAUGGUCCAGGAUGUCUGAUGCUGAGAUGUCCUGAUCCGUCCUGUGCUGCCGCGGUUGGGCAAAAUAUGAUCAAUUCCCUGGCUAAUGAAGAGGAUCAGGAAAAGUAUGGGCGAUAUCUUCGCAGAUCUUACAUCGAAGAUAAUCGAAAGACAAAGUGGUGCCCUGCUCCUGGAUGUGAAUAUGCAGUAGAAUUCGUUGUGGGCAGUGGUAGUUAUGAUGUUAAUUGCAACUGUUCAUAUGGGUUCUGUUGGAAUUGCACUGAGGAAGCUCAUCGUCCAGUAGACUGUGCUACUGUUUCAAAGUGGAUCCUCAAGAACAGCGCGGAGUCCGAGAAUAUGAACUGGAUACUGGCUAAUUCAAAGCCUUGCCCUAAGUGUAAGCGGCCUAUUGAGAAAAACCAGGGAUGCAUGCACAUUACAUGCACACCUCCAUGUAAAUUUGAGUUCUGCUGGCUCUGUCUUGGAUCAUGGUCGGAGCAUGGCGAGAGGACCGGUGGAUUUUAUGCUUGUAACCGUUAUGAAGCAGCAAGACAAGAAGGAGCGUAUGAUGAAUCUGAAAGGAGAAGAGAAAUGGCGAAAAACUCGCUUGAGAGAUACACACAUUAUUACGAACGAUGGGCAGCCAAUCAGUCAUCAAGGCACAAGGCAUUAGGCGACCUUCAGAGCCUGCAGAAUGACAAGCUUGAGAAGUUAAGUGAUAUACAAAGCCAACCUGAGUCACAGCUCAAGUUCAUCAUAGAGGCAUGGCUACAGAUUGUCGAAUGUAGGAGGGUAUUGAAGUGGACAUAUGCCUAUGGUUAUUACCUCCCAGAGCAUGAACAUGCCAAAAGACAGUUCUUUGAAUAUUUGCAAGGUGAGGCGGAAUCAGGUUUGGAGCGGUUGCAUCAAUGUGCAGAGAAAGAACUUCAAAUAUUCCUUGAAGCAGACUCCCCCUCAAAAGAUUUUAAUGACUUCCGUACAAAGUUGGCUGGAUUAACUAGCGUGACCCGCAAUUAUUUUGAGAAUCUAGUCCGGGCUUUGGAGACUGGAUUAAAUGACGUUGGACCUUCUACUAGCCAAAGCAUGAGCACAAAGAAUACUACUUCUAAGAACCUUGGUGGUAAGAGUAAAACUGGCAAGAACAAGGCUGCCAGCUCCAAGUCAGGCAGCUCCAGCCGCGGUGUGGAUGAUAGCAACAUUUGGACUUGUGAUCAGUGUACAUAUGUAAACCCCAAAUCUGCCAAGGCUUGCCAGGCUUGUGACCACCAACAUCGAUAGCAGUAGUCAGUCAUGUUUCAGUUUUUAGCUCCAUUGGUUGAGAACCCAACAUAUGCAAAUUGAAGUUUAUAAGGAUUGUGAGAUUACUAGAAUGAGGGUAGAGGAGAGCUGCAUGCAAAAGAACGAGAUUUUCGUGUCCAAAUUGUCUGUCAACUGACUGCACCCUGCCUUGGCGUCGCGGCAACAUCCAGUUCGUCAUGUAUAUAAAUCAUACCUGUAACUUUGCUUUGUUUCCUUAGGGUGUACUAGGAGGUGUGCUCCACCAGUGGACAAGUUUUUCCCGUUGUAGUCCUGCAAUAAUGUACUGACAAUCUGAAGGAAGUAAACUUUCUUGCUUGAA